AUGUCUCCUUCCGUUCUUUACAUCGCAGGCCUGCUUGCAAGUGCCAAUGCCUACACUGUUAUCAAUGCUGCCUCUCCCUUCAUGCAGAAGAACAUUGAUCCCAUUGUCUAUCCUGGUUCGUUCACCAAGUCCCAUCUCCACUCUUUCUAUGGAUCAGAUGCCAUCACUGCCACCACCAAUACCAGCGCCGAACUCUCCAAAGGAUGCACCAACAUGGAAAACCCCAAUGAUCUCUCCACCUACUGGGUCCCUACCGUACUAUACACCAAGGACGGCGGCAAGACAUUUGACCCCGUACCACUAUCACGUUUCAGCGCCUACUACAACUUGGGUGAGACCCCUGCCGAAGUCGCCAUCCCGCAAGACGUGAAAAUGGUCGCUGGUGUCGCUUCCGCCAAAACACAAGCAGCCAUGGAUCCCAACGCAAAAGCCGAAUGGUUCUGCGAAGGUGGACCCGAAAGCCCGCUCGACGCCAACGGAUUCCCCAGCAAAACAUGCAACAUCCAUCUCCAGCAGCUUCUCUACUUCCCCCAGUGCGUCAACACCGAGACCCUCGAGACGGGCUACAAGUCGCGCGACCAUGGAACCCCAAAUCGGUGUCCCCCAGGAAUGAAAUCCAUGCCUCAGCUACGCUUCUCCAUUCGCUACGACCUCCGCAAGGUGCUGCCCAGCGGUUGGUCGGGAGAGGCACCUAUCAAACUGGCAUCUGGGCCUGCUUGGUCUUCCCAUGGUGAUUUCAUCAAUGGAUGGACUGAGGAGACGGCGCAGAAUAUGCUUGCUACGACCAAGGAGAAGCAGCACUUUGCUCCAGUUGAUGGGAAGCUUGGAGGCUUCAAGUCGGGCCCGACUUGCAAGUCGAAGGAUGCGGAUCCAAGUCAUGGUGUUAGUACGUAUGCGGAGAGUGUGGCGGCCAUGGCUAAGCGAAGUGUCGACGCUUGGGGUUGGGCUUCUCGCUCCAGGAUGGCGACCGUUUGA